GGCUCCUGGUGGUGCCGAGAGGAGGAGGAGGAGGUGGAGGAGGAGGAGGAGGAGGAGGGAGACAGCCAGAGAGAAACUUGUCUUGGGGAUUAAUAAGAGGCAGGAGGAGGGAGAGGUGCACACAGGCAAACAUCUGGACCAUGAAGGUGGCCUUCAGAUUGCUUCUCCCACUUGUUCUUGUGCUGAUCUCAGAGGUGAGCGGGCAGCGGAGGAAGCCUCCCCGGAAACCCACCCGCCCGCCUCCCGAGUUCAUUGAGCCUGUUGAGCCCACAGAGCUGCCUCCGCCCCUACCACCGGGUCCCCCUUCCAUCUUCCCGGACUGCCCCCGGGAAUGCUACUGCCCUCCAGACUUCCCCUCUGCCCUCUACUGUGACAGCCGCAACCUGCGGAAGGUCCCCAUCAUCCCGUCCCGCAUCCACUACCUCUACCUCCAGAACAACUUCAUUGAUGACCUCCCAGAGGAGUCCUUCAGGAAUGCCACAGAGCUGAAAUGGGUCAACCUAGACAACAAUCGCAUCCGGAAGGUGGACAGGCGUGUUCUGGAGAAGCUGGAAAACCUCAUCUUCCUCUACAUGGAGAAGAACCAGCUCAAGGAGGUCCCUUCCUUCCUGCCACCCAACCUGGAGCAGCUGCGCCUGAGCAGGAACCAGAUCUCCAAAAUCCCUGCUGGGGUCUUCAACAAGCUGGAGAACCUGGUGCUCUUGGAUCUGCACCACAACAAGCUAAGCGAUGGGGUCUUCAACAAAAACACCUUCAAGGGACUCAAGAACCUCAUGCAACUCAACCUCGCCCACAACAUCCUGAGGAAAAUGCCCCCCGGGGUACCCAAUGCCAUCCAUCAGCUCUUCCUGGACAGGAACAACAUUGAGGACAUCCCCAGUGACUACUUCAAGGAGUUCCCCAACCUGGCGUUCAUCCGGCUCAACUACAACCAAAUCUCUGACAAGGGGCUCCCCAAGAACUCCUUCAACCUCACCAACUUGCUGGUGUUGCACCUGGCCCACAACAAGCUCACCAACGUUCCUUUCAUCAGCCCCAAGCUGGAGCACCUCUACCUGAAUAAUAACUCCAUUGAAAAGAUCAAUGGGACGCAGAUCUGCCCCACCUCGCUGAUGUCCAUCCAGGACUUUUCCCCCUCCGACCUGGACAGCGUGCCCCGGCUCCGGUACCUGCGGCUGGACGGGAACCUCCUGAAACCCCCCAUCCCUUUGGACCUGAUGAUGUGUUUCCGCCUCCUGCAGUCCGUGGUUUUCUAGAGCGUGCCUCUCCCAGGACUUGGCUUUGCACAGAGACUUGACCCCCAUCAGUGUUUGACACGUGGGACCCUCUUUGCUUCCCUCUCCCCCUGCUCACACCUCACCUCCAUCCCUCUCUCCCCCUUUUCCUCCUCUGCAGCAGCCGUGGACACACGUGGCAUGUGCAUCCUUGGGGACCACUGUCUGCAGGACAGCACCACAUCACAGCAGCCAUCCCAGGUUGCAGCACUAGCCUGGGGGGAGCAGCCACGCUCACCCCAGUUCCCUGCCUGUGGGCUCUGCCUUCCCUGCCCUCAUCCAGGCCAGCCCUGGAGCUGUCUCUGCCUCUCCCCUUCCACCCAGCAGAGUUUCAGGAGGUUGGAUUCGGUCCCAGCCACAAGCAUCUCUGGAUGGAGCUAAUGAGGGAGCCCAGGGGCCACCUCGCUGCAGGACUUGGGUCACAUCAUUGCUCCGGGUGGUUGCACCCAGAGAGCCCAUGAUGUCCUUAGGGAAAAAUCCCCUGUGAUGGAGGUGGAGCAGGGAUGUCCUGGGCUGGCAUGCCAAGGGUGCAGAUGGCCACCCCGCAGCCUUGGGGUGCAGGGCGAUGCGUAGCGGCAGCGGGUGGCUGGGGGAGCAGGAUGUGUGCAGGAGGGUGGCUGGGACAGGCGACGACACCUCAUGGCCAGAGUCAUGUCCCAGGGACCUGGGUGAGGGACACGCUCCUCCCGCCUGGACCCUCCCAGGGGGCUUUAGCCUUAGCUCCGCAUCGCUCUGGAGGCCGAGGGGCUUAUUCCCUCACGGUGGUGUGAAUUUGGCAGGAGGGAGCGGGGAGGGUGUCCAGCCCCUGCGGCCGGAGCUGGGCUCUCCUGUGCCCUGUGUGGGUUGCACCUUCCCCACAGCCAUACGUCAGGCACCCUCCUUUGCAAGACCAGCCCCCUCCCUGACUUUCACCCCUCCCAAGCUCCCCCAUCCCCAGGCAGCAUCAGUCCGUGGUCCCCAUCCCAGCAUCCCGCAUCCUCCCCCUGCCCUGUGACGGGAGAUGCAGGGCUCAAUGCAUCGGCCGCACUCCACUGCUCCCAGCACACCCUGCCCUCCCCGCUGCAGGCAGGACCCCAAGCCUGCGGGACCCCCAUGCCAGCAGCCUUGGCAGCGAUGCCAGUGGGAUGCUCGCCCCCGUAUUUAGGUAUCUGGGGCCAGAUCCUGAUGUGGGUGUAAACCUGGGCUCUGCUGGGGCUGGCUUGACCCGUGAGAUCUCCACUGUGCUCUCCGUCCCUCUGUCCUCCUGCCUUGACUCCCACCUCCUAGAAAUUUUAUUCUCGGGUGCUUUCUUGAACCAAGCACACAUGACUGGGUUUGCCUUUUUUUUUAGAGAAAAGGAAAGAAAAAAGAAAAGCGAAGAAUUACUCUUUUGGAAAAGCUAUUUUUUAUCCCCCCUUCUCCCUGUUUUCACAUGUAUCACUUCCCUCUCUGAUAGCUGUACCUGCAUAUAUAGGGUGUCCGGGUUUAGGGGGGGUUAUUCUCAUUUUUUUCUUCCUGAUUCUCAGGAUUUAGAUUUAAGGCUGAGCAUUAGAGGGGAAAAAAAAAAAACCCCAAACAACCAAAUAACUCAAAUAAACAUUAAAGCACUAAACCAAAGAAACCACCCAUUACCUCCUUUGCGUUCAGCCACCAAAACUGACCCUUCUCCAAGAUGGGCAUGGUCAGGCACCGUGCCCUGCUCCCUGGGAAUGGGAUAGCGAUGCUCCCGGCAGCCUGGGGACACAGCGGUGACCCUAUGGGCUGGGUGCUCCCCGCUUUCCAGUGCUGGAAGGUUCAUUAAACCCCUGUGCUAAUUCAGGCUUGUUUUCUUAUGAUAAAAAGUCCCUUCUCCAAAUCUUCCUCCAGUGGGCUUUAUUGGGUUCAACAGGUUUCAACCUUAAACCCGGAGACCCUAUGUAUAUAUUUAUAUAUAAUGUGUAUAUAUACUGGUAGACUGUACAGAUAUAUCUAGAAACAUAUGUAGUUCUCAACUGAUUUCAACUUAAUGGUAUUUUCACUCCUACUCUCCACAGCAGUGAAAAUAAAAUGAUUCACAAGGGACCCAGA